AUGGCUGACCACGAAAAUGAGGCCGAGGUUGUGGGGAGAGCACUCAUAGCAAUCGUGGAUAUAGGAUCCAACGGUAUCAGAUUCUCCAUAUCGUCCAAAGCCCCGCACCACGCCAGAAUAAUGCCAUGUGUUUUUAAGGAUAGAAUCGGUAUUUCGCUUUUUGACGUUCAGUUGCCCGAUAGUGCCAGUUCCACUGCCAGGAGACCUAUCCCAGAGGAUGCAAUCCUGGAGAUUUGCAGGGCCAUGAAAAGAUUCAAGCUGAUUUGUGAGGAUUUCGGAGUCCCGCCAGAAGGAGUGAGAGUUGUCGCUACGGAAGCUACCAGAGAGGCUGCAAAUUCCAAAGAGUUCAGGGACGCUAUUUACCAGAAGACUGGGUGGCAUGUUGAUCUGCUCAGCAAGGAGGACGAGGGCAAGUGCGGUGCCUUUGGCGUUGCAUCCUCCUUCCACAGGGUUUCCGGCUUGUUCAUGGACUUGGGUGGCGGAUCCACGCAGUUGAGUUGGAUCUCGUCCGUAAAUGGUGUUGUCAAAAUGUCCGAGCUACAGGUAUCCCUUCCCUAUGGAGCAGCCGCGCUGACUCAUCGUCUCAAGUUUGAAGACAGAAAGGAUGUCUAUAACGAGAUAAAGCAGGCCUACGAAUUGGCACUGGAAAGAAUCAAUAUACCCCAACACUUGAUCGAAGAGGCUGAAGCAAACGGUGGCUUUGACCUGUACACGUGCGGAGGAGGAUUCAGAGGUCUGGGCCAUCUCCUUCUUUCGCAGGACCAAGGAUAUCCUAUACAGACAAUCAUCAAUGGCUAUUCUACCAAUGUGGAGCAGGUGAGAUCAGUAGUGGAUUACCUGGUUUUGAAGAAGGAGGUGCCAAGAAUCAACGGAAACGAAAAGAUAUUCAGAGUGUCUGCUAGAAGGCAGCAGCAGCUACCAGCUGUGGGGCUAUUGGUUUCUGCUGCUCUCGAGUCGUUGCCUAAAAUUAGGACUGUUCAUUUCAGCGAAGGAGGUGUCAGGGAAGGUGUUCUAUACUCGAUAUAUUCCAACGCCAUUAGAAGUGAGGAUCCCCUGCUCACGGCCUCGAGACCGUAUGCUCCACUGUUAUCCAACAACUACUACGAACUACUCAAAGCAGGCCUUCCACCCGGAGUCGUUCCAGACGAGGUGUUGAAUAGCGUUGCACCAGCUUUGUGUAAUCUGGCUUUCGUGCAUUGUUCUUACCCCAAAGAGCUGCAGCCCACAGCCGCACUCCAUGUGGCUACCACGGGUAUCAUAGCCGGUUCUCAUGGUCUAUCCCACAAAGUUCGCGCUUUAAUUAGCAUAGCGACAUGCGAGAGAUGGGGAUGUGAUAUACCACCAUCCCAGGAGACUUUUUACGCACAACUGGAGAAAUUGGUAAUGCAAUCAGAUGCCCGCAAUGGAGAAAGACUUCUGUAUUGGACCAAGUACUGCGGUAAGAUAAUGCAUGUCAUAUGUGGUAUUCAUCCCGGAGGAAACAUCAGACCAGGCUCGUUAUUAUUCCAAGUUCGCGCCAACAAUAGUACUGCUGAAGUUGCCGGCACGACGGCAGAAGAUCCCACAAGCAAGUACGAUGUCCUGGUUCUUCUGUCUCCUAACGAUGUCAAGUCGAGUUACAGUGUGAGGAGCAGAAUCUUCAGCCUUCAAAAGAAAAUCAAGAAGCUCAACAAUAGUUACAGCGGAACAGACAAAGUGACGGUGAAUGUGCAGUAUUCAGGGCAUCCGGAGGAGUAG